AUGAAUGUGCAUGGGACUGCCAUUGGGAGAGGAGAAGUAACAUCUCUUCGUUUUCUGCACCUUGGCAUCUGUCUUGCACUAUGUGUGCAUAGCUCACGAGCCAACACCUUUUGGAUUGCCAGUCUUAACAUAUCGUUUCUGGUAGGGAAUCAGACUUUGUGGGAGAUUAUGGAAAAUGGAGUGUUUGCUCAAGCCUCUCCUUUGAGGAAGGUGUCUGGAGCUGUGGUACCUCCAGAGGGACUGCAUCAAAAUUCCUGUAGUUCUUUUACACAUUUUAAGAAGCCAGUGAAUGUGGACAGUUGGAUAGCUCUCAUCAUGAGGGGACGAUGUUCAUUUACAAAACAAAUAAGUGUGGCUACAGAAAAGGGAGCUGCUGGUGUGAUCAUCUAUAAUUAUCCAGGUACAGGUAACAAUGUGUUUCCCAUGUAUAACUUUGGGGCAGAAGACAUUGUCGCAGUUAUGAUUGGCAACCUGAAAGGCACAGACCUCUUACAUUUGGUUCAGAAUGGCAUCCAAGUGAUGGUAACAAUUGAAGUUGGAAAGCACCAUUACCCAUGGCUAACCCAUUACAUGGGUACCAUUUUUGUGUUUGCUUCACUUGCUGUGGCAUAUUGCACCUGUUACUGUGCUGCAAGGUUACGAAGGACAAGGAAUCCAGUACAGAUAUGGCAGCAGGAAGUUGAUAUCAACAAGGCCAUUAAUUCUCUUGAGCUUCGCAGAUUGAAAAAGGAUGACAAGGACGUUGGAUCAAAUGGAGAGAGCUGUGCGGUGUGUUUGGAAGUGUACAAGCCUAAAGACAUAGCCCGUGUUUUGCGUUGCAGACAUUUUUUCCACAAAGCCUGUGUUGAUCCUUGGCUUUUGAAUCACCAGACAUGCCCGGUAUGCAAGUCAGACAUGCUCAAACCGGUGGAGAGUGUUACAUCUGAAGCAGAGCCAUUGGGUACUCAAAUGCCAAAUGAAGCUCUUACCGUGAUCAGUCCUCCUAAGGAAUAGGACUGUCACAAAGCACACUGAGGCAUUCAAAAAAAGGCUCAAGAGCCCAGUCUUGGGGCAAAUAACUUUUCCACACUGAUUGCCUUGUUCUUAAAAAUUGAGCAUAAGCAUAUGUGA